UGAUUCGUUGCGGAUGACAUCAGCCGUGGAGUGAGUGUGCGAAAAAGCGCCGGCGUGCUCGUCUCUCCCCGGUUACCGAGUAUGACACGGUGUCUGCUGGUAUAAAACGCCGGGGCCACUCCUAUCGAGGCUCCACUCGUGUGUCUGAAGACCGCUCCGGCGCGCUGCACCGAAUAAAGGGAGGAGGCUGCCGCUGCGCACGGGGCACAGACAGACGCGCAGGAGGAUGGCGACGCUGGUGGAAUCUGCAGACAUGGAGACUCUGAGCGGCCAGAGCAAAGCCGGGACGUCUCCCACGCCCUCCUCCAGCCCCUCGCAGCACUUCAACGACGGCAAAUUCUACCUGCUGGUGGUCAUCGGGGAGAUCGUCGCGGAGGAUCACCUCAAGUGUGCCAUUGCGGACAUAGAGAAAGGGAUUCGCUCAUGGGACACCAACCUCAUCGACUGCAACCUGGACCAGGAACUCAAGCUGUUCGUCUCCAGACAUUCGGCUCGUUUCUCCGCAGACGUCAAAGGGCAGAAAAUUCUUCAUCAUAAGAGCAAUGUCUUGGAGACCGUGGUGCUUAUCAACCCUUCAGAUGAAGCCGUCAGUACAGAGGUUCGCUUGAUGAUCUCAGACACCGCCAGGCACAAGCUGCUGGUUCUGUCGGGACAAUGCACUGAAAACACUGGGGAGCUCAUUCUGCAGUCUGGAUCCUUCUCUUUCUUCAAUUUCAUAGACAUAUUCACUGACCAAGAGAUCGGCGAGUUGCUCAGCACCAUUCACCCUGCAAACAAAGCCAGUCUGACGCUGUCCUGCCCCGAACAAGGCGACUGGAAAAACUCCAACUUGGACAAACACAAUCUACAGGACUUUAUUAAUAUGAAGCUCAACUCUACUCUUAUACUCCCUGAAAUGGAGGGCCUGUCUGAGUUCACAGAGUAUCUGUCUGAGUCCGUAGAGAUCCCAACACCUUUUGACAUGUUAGAACCGCCGACCUCGGGUGGAUUCCUCAAACUCUCCAAACCGUGCUGUUACAUUUUCCCCGGUGGCAGCGGCGACUCGGCUCUCUUCGCUGUAAACGGCUUCAACAUGCUAAUUAACGGCGGCUCAGACAGGAGGUCGUGCUUCUGGAAGCUGGUGAGACAUCUGGACCGAGUGGACUCGGUCCUCCUGACCCACCUUGGCGAUGACAACUUGCCCGGCAUCAACAGCAUGCUGCAGAGGAAGAUCGCAGAGGCCGAGGAGGAACAGUCGCAGGGCUCGACGGCUAACAGCGACUGGGUGAAGAACAUGAUCUCUCCAGACAUCGGCGUGGUGUUUGUGAAUCUUCCUGAAAACCUAGAUAACCCAGAGCCAAAUUACAGAGUGCGGAGGAGUGUUGAGGAGGCAGCGUUCACUCAGCAGUUUCUCACUAAGUUAAAUCUGAGAACAGAGUCUUUGCAAAGACCUGUUGGAAACACAAUAGAACCAAUCAUACUAUUUCAAAAAAUGGGUGUCGGGAAACUUGAGAUGUAUGUGCUUAAUCCAUCAAAGAACAGCAAGGAGAUGCAGCACUUCAUGAAGCAGUGGACAGAAAGUGAAAAUGACAUCACUUCCAUUCUGCUGCCAAAUGGAAAAGAGGCCGAGUUUCCCAUCUCCUACUUGACUUCUAUCUCUUCGCUCAUUGUCUGGCACCCUGCAAAUCCCACAGAUAAGGUUGUGCGUGUUCUCUUUCCUGGAAAUGCCACCCAGCAUCACAUCUUUGAUGGUUUAGAAAAGCUCAAGCACUUAGACUUCUUGAAACAGCCAGUGUUCACUCAGAAAGCAGUGUCCUCUAAUAUGCCGUCAACACCGACACUAAAGCAAGCUAAGAUGAAACACAGAACAGACAGCAAAGAGAGCCUGAAGUCUACCCCAAAGCCUUCGCCAAGCAAAAGCGUCAGGAAGGAAUCAAAAGAGGAAGCAGUGGAAAAGGCGAAAACCGACGUAGAGUCGACUCAGAAGGCAGAAAAAAAAGAAAAGGCCCCAGUAAAAAAGGAAAAACCCAAAGCACCUGAGAAAGACACAAAAGCAAAGCCUCAACAAACAGCCCAAAAUGAAACUCCAGAAAAAAAGAAAUCUGAAAUUAAACCCAAAGUUGAAAAGGAAAAAGUAACUAAGAAGGAGACCAGACUGUCCACGGAGAAGAAAAAGGAGGUUAAAAAAGAAGUGGCAAGGAAAGAGGAGAUGCCAAAACAAGAAGGUAAAAAGGAGGAGAAAGUAAAGAAAGAAGAAGCAAAGAAGGCGCCCAAAAAGGAUUUUAGAAGAGAGUCACCAAUGAAGGAGAAGAAAGAAGACAAGAAAGAGCUGAAGAAAGACAUCAAGAAGCCCUUGAAGGAUGUGAAGAAGAUGCUGUCUGCAGGUGAGGAAAAAGUUCUAAAACCAAAGCCCCUAAAAAAAGAUGAGGCUUCAAAGAAAGAUGGAGGGACACCAUCAAAGAUAAAGGACAAAGGAAAGCCAAAGAUAACAAAGAAGGACACAAAGGCAGACAGCAGCAAACCUGCAGCUACUGCAGCUGCUACUGCAGCAGAAGAUCCAGAAGCUGAACGGUCCCUGAUGUCCUCACCAGAGGACCUCACCAAGGACUUUGAAGAGCUCAGAGCUGAAGAGUUAGUAGAAGAUGACGCAACUGUGCAACAAACCAAGAAAGAAGAGGCUGUGAUGGUUCACCAUGAGGAAUUAGCACAGACCAAAGAAUCGCCUGAAGCCCUGGAGUCGGUGGACGAGGGUAUAACCACGACAGAGGCUGAAGGAGACAGUGGACAGACUCCAGAGGAGCAGGGUUUUAAGAAAAAUGGAAGCCCAAGCGAGAGGUUUGAAGAUGAAGGCACUGUGAUGGAAGAGACGUCUGAGGGAGGAGAUUAUGAAGAGAAGGGAGAUAUGGAGGAAGUCUAUGAACCGCAGAGGGUGGAGUCAAGUAAAGUUUCUCCCUCUGAAGACGUACACAGAGACAGGCAUGAUGUAGUCAAACCAGAAGACAGUGACAACGAUGAUGAUCAGGAUGAUGAUCGGGGUGACGAUGUGACUAACAAAAAUGUAGAACCUCAGCUAUUAAGUGAAACAAAAGCAGUGGAAGAAUCAGCCUCACCCAAAGUGUCCUCACCUAUUUCUCCAGCUGCCUCUAUUCACAAUGAAACGCUUCCUGUUGCCUUCGAAACCUCAACAGCAUCAGACGAGGAGAACCGAGAUGAAGUUUCACACACAGUCGACUCUGGCCACACUCUGUCCACCAUGGAGAUCUCCAGUGUGCCUGCUCCCAUGGAUGAGAUUCUAACUCCAAGGGACGUGACCCAUGAAAUCAUCAAUGAGGAGGCUGAAUCGCCCCCACAAGAUGCCGGCAGGUCUGCGGAGUAUGACAGGAAGAAGCUGUCACUUCUUCAGGACAUAGCGGGGUCCGACCACUCUCAAAGUGGUGCCACGGAUGGCCAGGAGUACCAACACUCUGCAUCCACGAUAUCUCCACCUUCACCACUGAAAGAGGACCAAUUCUAUAAGGAGUGUCCAUCUCCGGAAAAAGAUACAGCUCAGGAGUCACAUGAGAAGUAUGAUGGUGACUCCACUAGACUCAGCUCAACCUCCACCACAUUGCCUCUAGUCCGUUCCCCUUCUGUGGACCACAAGGAGACGUUUGAGUCUCCAUCAGGAUUUGCUGCUCCCAUUGAACUGUCCACCACACUGGCAGGGUGCACCAGAGGAGCAGUAGAUUCCUCAAUCAGCCCAGAUGACAAAACGCUGGAAGGAGCCAACUCGCCUCAGUCCUGCGGUCACACGCCGUACUAUCAAUCUCCGGUCGAGGAAAAGCCAGGAGCUCUUCCACCUGUUCCAGGCGACCGAGGGGAGGGUCCAGUCAUUGUGGAGGUCACGAGUGACAAAGAGGAUUUGUCCAACAGAGUUACACCAGAGUGUGAUGAACCAAAACUGGAAGGUUUUUCCUGCGUAGAGAAGAAUAUUUUCUCUUCAAAAAGCCCUUCUCCAACUGAGCCGGAUUCUCCAAUGAAGAAGGAAAAGUCACCGUUUGACACUGACCAGAAGAAAACUGAAGAAAGUGCCCAUUUAAUUUUGUCCUCAGUGCCAAUGGCUAAACAUGAGGCAGACACCAACCCUUUUACUUCCUUUAAGGAAGAAAGCAAAAUGUCUAUUUCAGAGGGCACCACAUCAGACAAGUCGGGGACGCCUUUGGAAGAGGUGGUGGCAGAAGACACGUUUUCACAUUUAGCCUCUGCCUCCACAGCCUCCUUGGCCACCAGCUCCCUACCAGAGCCCACCACUGAUUCUCCUUCCCUUCAUGCUGAGGUAGGCUCUCCCCACUCUACAGAAGUCGAUGACUCCCUGUCGGUCUCUGUGGUCCAGACUCCAACGACCUUCCAGGAGGCCGAAGGCUCUGCAUCCAAGGAGGACAGCCCCAGGCCCAUGUCCAUCUCACCAGACACCUCACCGAAGACAAAAAGCCGGACACAGGCGUACGACACAAAAUCCCCAGAGCACUCUGCCAUGUCAAUAGAGUUUGGCCAGGAGUCGCCCGACCACUCCUUAGCCCUGGACUUCAGCAAGCAAUCCCCAGAGCAUCACUCUGUGGGAGGCCGCUCACGUACAACAGAGAAUGGCCCCACGGAGAUUGACUACAGUCCUUCAGAUGGAAACUAUAUCAGACCAUGUGCAGAGGCUAGCUCUGUGGUGGAGAAGCUAUUACCUUUUGAAGAGAGUGACUCCAUCCGUGCGACCUCCUCAACCCCCUCAGAUGCAUCUCAGUCCACACCCUCUGUCACCACGCCGUGCCAGAUGACGGACAUGACACAUGCUAUGGCUGAGCAGACAGACAAGUCGCCAGUCACUCCCAAGGCAUCCUCUCUCACCCAUUCUCCCCAUUCCAGUGAACCAUCUCCUGUGCUAGGAGGCUCACCAUUUAAACAGAGCCCCACGUCGCAGAAUAUGGAGAGUGUUAUGACUAAAUCAGACUCAGAGCAGAAGUAUGAUAAUUCACCCUCACCUCCCAAGGCUACUUCUCCAUCAUCUUCCCAGACCUUAUCAAAAGAGAUAAUUUUGCCAGCAAAGGAAACUAAUCCUUUUAAAUGUGACAAAUCUUCCCCUGAGGCAAAAUCCCCCGUGAGCCCUAAAGUUCCCUCUCCAUUGAAUCCACUUUUCUCCUCUGAUCUGUGUAGUUACAAUUCUGCUAGUGGCUCCAGGGAUGAGGAUUCUACUAAAAGGAGCCCCUCUGCUCCAUCUCGGACAGAUGUGGAUCUCUGCCUUGUCACUUCAUGUGAGUACCGUCACCCCAAGACAGAGCUGUCCCCAUCUUUCAUCAACCCUAACCCUCUAGAAUAUUUCAUCAAUGAAGAGAAUGCUUUGGAUGAAGAACGACCUCUUGCCAAGUCCGGAGGAGCCCCCCCACCUCCAGGUGGAAAGCUUCCCGUCAGGCAAUGUGAGGAGACUCCACCCACAUCUGUCAGCGAAUCUGCCCCUUCCCAGACAGAUUCAGAUGUUCCGCCUGGGACAGAGGAGUGUCCCUCCAUCACAGCAGACGCCAACAUUGACUCUGAAGAUGACUCUGAGACGCUGCCUACCGACCGAACGCUGACGUACAGGCAUGCCGAUCCUCCCCCAGUGGGACUCAGGGACUCUGCUCCAUCGUCAGGCCACCACGAUGUCUGCAUGGUGGACCCAGAAGCCCUCAAGGCUGAAGAAAACCUCCACAAUGCUAAUGUAGACACCGAAGAAAAGUCUAAGAAGAAAAAGCUCACGAAAAAGACUUCGUCGCCAGCCAGGAAGAGUGCUUUAUCAAAGGUCAAGGACACAAAGACUGCCUCGCCAAAGAAGAGCGUAGGAGAGGGGAAAGAUGCCAAGAACGCAACUAAUACCUCUGCUUCUAGAGGUGUAAAAAGUGCCACAUCAGGUGCGGGCAGUGGAAAAGUAUCAGGUGGGGCCACUCUGCCCAACUGUCCUCCCAUGUACAUGGAUCUGGUUUACGUCCCCAAUCACUGCAGUGCUAAAAAUGUGGACGCUGAGUUCUUUAAGAGAGUGCGCUCGUCUUACUACGUGGUCAGUGGCAAUGAUCAGACGGCUCAGGAACCCAGCAGGGCUGUGCUCGAUGCUCUCCUGGAAGGAAAGGCCCAGUGGGGAAAUAACUUGCAGGUCACUCUGAUUCCAACCCACGACACUGAUGUGAUGAGGGAGUGGUACCAGGAGACCCACGACAAACAGCAGGAGCUGAACAUCAUGGUUCUGGCAAGCAGCAGCACCGUUGUCAUGCAAGAUGAGUCUUUCCCAGCUUGUAAGAUAGAGAUGUAGGUCUGUUCAGCAAGAGAUCUGUGGCUCAGGAGGCCUAGUGACUGAGAACUGACUGAGGGGGAGAAGUCCAUGUAGCUUAGAUCCUAUAGGAUACAUGUCAACACUGUUAAUGCCAAUAUGACAAAUAUCAAAAAAGCGCAAGAACAAUAUUAAUUGGUUUCAAGGUCUCCGAGAAAUGUAUGAAAGUUUACUGAUGAUGUCUCAGUGUAAUGUUAUCUUAUUUUAGGUAUAAAAGAAUUGGAGAAGCAAAAACUCUCCGUGUAGUCGUCCAGGUAUUAUCUCGAGGUAAAGUAAUGAAGUUAACAAGUUUCUUCUGAGUCCCCAGAGAAACAUAUGAGAGGUUUAAAUGAGAUGAACUCAAGGCUAUGGUUGUUAUCCACACCAAAGGAGGGAGCAGCACGUUUUCUGGUGUUGCCUUCAGGAGCAAAAAUGAAUGUAGACCUGGUGCUACUGGCGGUGUUGGCCAGUAACCUUAGAGACCACAGGUCAACCCAGAACAGGACUGUUAAAAGGCUAAAUAGUUAAAGGAUGUCGAAUAUUAAUGAACAUGAAGGUGUACUCAGCGCUGAUUAGCAUUAAUAUGAUGUCGGGCUUCAUAUUCACCGUGGCCAACACAGUGUCUCUACCAUUGUACUCCAUAUGUCACGCCUUUGAAAUCGUAUCAUUUUCCACAAAUUAGCUUUUGAAUUCAAGUUAUUUUAAAAAGAGAAACUUUAACCUUAUUGCAAUGACCUGUUUUUAUGUAGCCAUUGAGCGGUGUGGGAGGUACAGUAGACUUUUCCCAAUGUAAAGCUAGCAAAGCAGGAUAUUUUCAUAAACCUUAAAAUGUCUUGUUUUUCUAAAGCGUUGUAUUAUAGUUAUAAAUAGCUUGAAACAUGCAUGACUUAUGAGACAUACACUAUAUAUAUACUGUAGGCCAAAUACAUGUGAGGAGCAAUGUAUGAUUUUUGCUAAUUGUACCAUGACAUCGUAUGCGACACUAACUCAUGCAGUUUGACUGUAUCACUGUAAAACAGCACAGUGUAGAUUUACUCGUGGAUGUGACAAUUUAGGGAGGCUGCAAACCUUUUAUGAUCUAAGAGUUUGUCCUCUUCAGCCAGGAGACAAGGGAAACAGCUUCCAUUAGAGGCGUAGCAGCACACAGAGGUGAGAGUGACGGAUGAACGUAUGUGAAGCGAAACUAGACACUUUAAACACAAACAUGACACACACUGAACUAGCAGUACAGAGGCCGAAGACGAGCUCUGACAGGCCGGUUUCUGGAUUAACAUUCAACCAAAUACUACGUGAUGAAGUGUUCUCCUAAACAGGAGGCUCAAAAGCAAAGAACAAACAUACAAACACUAAACCGGCCUUUCUCUUGACAAUGACAUUUCUCUUUUCUCUGUCUACUUUCUCUGCACCUCUUCUCUUUUCUCUCUAUUUAUCUCUGCCUUCUUCUCCUCAUCUUUCUCUCGGGAGAACUUUAAUAAUGUUUGUCUGCUGCUGUGAGGUAUUUGUCUUGUGAUCUUGCACCCUUUUUCUUCCUCCCUUUCCCAACCUCAUAUUUAACCAAUAGCAACUAGUUUCAAGUGAAAGUAUUCAUUAGUGCUUUCUGAUGUUUGUGUGCAAUAUUUCCUAAUCUGAUGUAAGAGGAACCACUACUAAAGAACAAACAUUCAAAAACAACCACAAUAAAAUCCAAUAUGAAAAAUGA